AUGAAUCCACAGCAACCCAUCGACUCUCCAACAUGGCCGCCGUUGCCACAUUCUGCCUCGGAUUUGGGACUAGGAGACAUCCUACAUACAGCUGAGCCAGAUCCAUGGCUGCCAGAUGAUUCAGUCUUUGAGCCCGACGCUCUUAAUGACUUUUAUCUCCGUUCCUCAGAUGCCAGUGAUCUGGGAUGGGAACAGUGGAUAAGUCAUGAGUCACAUCAUCUAUCAACACCUGAUCGACAACUUGAGCCUCAAGGUCACGGUGAACUACAACCCUCGGGUGUUAUAGCCAACUCUGCUUCACCUCUACCGACAGAUUGCGUGGAUCAAUAUCUGCCGCAGCCAAACCUCAACAAUGUCUCGCAGUGGCUACACGGAGCAUACCGUCCCCGGGUCCCCUGCAACCAUUGUCGCAGACACCGACUACAAUGUUUAAUCAUCCGGACCACAGAUGCCAACCCGAACCCAAAGACAUCAUGUUCAAGCUGCGUUGCUCUAUUCAGGGAAUGCAGUCUUGCCAAAGGAGAGAAACGCUUCCCAGCGGGCUUUGAGACCAUGACCCCAGUUCUAGGACAUCUACACGGCGUCCCAGAAGAUGGAAACAUAUCCUCCGUCACUAAUCUCAACGACGAAGAUGGUAGAAGAGAACCCAAGCAAUUCAUUCGAAAGGGAGCUCGAGUCCUCCGAGAGUGGUUCUAUCAAAACCAAGAACAUCCCUACCCAACGGACGCGCAAAAGAUCCAACUGUCAGCGGACACAGGCUUUUCUCAAAAGCGUAUAUCAACAUGGUUCGCGAAUGCCCGUCGACGCCAGAAACAGAAGAUCCAGUCAUCGGGAUUAAGCUCGAGGUCUCGUACCCGCGCGGGCUCUCCCAUGAUAACCAGCACCUUACCCGACAUGACCCCAAUGGAACGGUGGCAGGCAUCCCCACCAGAAGACGAACCCGUCCCCCAAGCAGCGAUUCAAAACGCCAUCGCAUCUGGCUCGAUAGAAUCAGACGGAACCAUUGAUCCAUUCAAGCUUGACAGCUCUGCGAUGGAUUUCCUCGACUUCGACGAAAGCUCUUCACAUCUGGCGUCUUCUGUCUCAAGUAUUGGGAGCAGGGCAUCGGAGUCUUCCGACAGUGCCUCUUCGGCGUGGAGUUAUCAUUCAUCUGGGGAUACAAGCUUACCAUUCCCCCUUCUCCCGAAACAAAGCAAACCCAGACGUAUCCGAGGACGGUCACGGGGCGGGUCUGAGAAUCAUGUUUACCAAUGCACAUUCUGCACACGUUCUUUUAAGAAAAAGCACGAUUGGACUCGGCAUGAGAAAAGCGUUCAUAUAACUCUCGACUCCUGGGUCUGUACUCCGAACCUAACGGAACUCCAACAAUACUUUGAUCUCCAACCUUCCGAAUGUCCCUUCUGCGAUGUCCUAUUCCCAGUGCCUACCCAUAUGGAGGAACAUGAAUUCCACAUCUGUGCCGACAAACCCGUUGGCGAGCGGUCAUUUAGUCGGAAGGAUUAUCUCUGGCAACAUCUUCGCAAAUUCCACAGUUGCACGAAAACACCGGUAUCUGACCUCGACGCCUGGCGCGGUUCAGGCGCCAAUGUCAAAAGUAGCUGUGGAUUCUGCGGGUCUCAUCUUUCUACCUGGACAGCUCGGGUAGAUCAUCUGGCUGAUCAUUUCAAGAACGGCUUUCGGAUGCAUCAGUGGGAAGGGGAUUGGGGGCUCGAUUCAUCGGCUAUGGGUGUUCUAAGGAAUGCAAUACUGCCUUUUGAACGUGCGGUGGAUUCAUCUGCUUAA